AUGCUGGCUGGCAUCUCCAGCCCUGGGUAUCCGAAACAUGAGGCCUGCCAAGCUGUCCACCCCAUGAUACUCUCGCUCGCUCGCACGCACUCACGUGCUGCGGACUCAGAGUCGCUGGACGGUUGCAUUCAGAGUACGUUAUCAGCACUCUACCCUCCGUUUGAGGCUACCGCAGCCACUGUUCUGUGCCAAGUUUUUGAUGUGGUGGAGAAGACGUACCGUGGGGAUGGACUGCGCUACCUCAUAGACUUCCUGAUUCCAGCCAAGCACAUCCUCCGUUCCCUGGCCCUGUGUUUGAAGCUGUCGUGCUCCUGCCGCUGGCAGGAGGAUGUGCGGGGCGAAAUGCUGCCAGUUCAGUACUGUGGCUUGCUGUUUCGCCAUGAGGGCUGGCCCCUGUGUAUUCACGAGAAGAUUGUAGUCCAGCUGGCUUCCAUUGACUGGCGAAUCUUGAAGCCUGGUGACUUCUACCUGCAAGUGGUCCCCUAUCUCAAGAAGUCUCCACGAAUUGUACUGAAAUGUUUGGCAAAAGACAAGCAUAAUGUAGAGGAAGUUGUGAUUCCAGAAGUUUCCUAUACCUCUAUUUUUACUCUGGAAUGGUUGAGUACUAUCAAUGGAGAGCGGAUGGGUAUAGCACUGGAAAAUUGUUUACUAACCACUGAUGAUAAAAUAUUUCGUGUCCCCUGGGAUAAAGUGGUUAAUCCCGAAUUUAUAAAUAAACCAAAAAUAACUGAAAACGAUAUCAUCUCACCAGAAAUAACAGAGGAACCAUCGGUUUUGUGCCUCCCUGUGGACCAUGCUGAGUGCAGUUCACCAGACCUAGCAUCUCAGUAUCUACAGGAACAAAGUCCCAAUCGAGACAAUCUGGUCAUUAGUAGCACAGCUCCACAGCUGAGUGAAGUUCUUGUCAAUGGUGUGUGUACAAGUCCUGUGCCUCAAGAGAACUUGAAAAGUGACCUUGAAGGGGAGUACGUUGAGCUGACAGAAGUUUCACUGCCCAGAUUUGGGCCACAAACAGGCUCUUUAACCCAGUCGCUAGCUUUAAGUUAUCUAACUCAGCCUAGAACACGAGUGAAUGCGUCUAAAGGCAAGCACAGGUUUAUUGUCAUUCAAGACAGUACCUACUCCAAGAACUUGAUUCAGUCAGCACUUAUGCAGAAGGAGCACUGUCAAAUGGACACUCUGAGGACUUCUUCUACAGAAGUUCUCAAAAAUGUAAUUCCGCUGGAAAGCAACAAAACGAUGUCACAUGGAGAACUGUCUCUAGAAAGUCAGCUGGUAUCAGGUGGUCCUGGAAACAUGGGGAAUAGCUUUCCUGUGGUGGAGUCUCCUGCCUGCAGUGCAGAAGAUUCAUCUGCAGAGCAGGAGACCUGUAGCGACCACUCAAUCGACUGGCGAUAUGCACUGUGCAGCUACAGUGACGUGUGUGAUGGUGUCAACUGCAAAGGACAAAUGCCUGGUGCUCCUGGAAAUGUGGAAGGAGAAAAGGAACUGGAGGUUGGACCACUGUCCUCAGGACCUGCUGAGGGGCAUACAGAGCCCACCGCUCUGCAGUCCCACCAAGAGGCAGCUUCUGGGGCAUCAUCUCCUAAAGGGACGGUGUCAGAAGGGGCAGAGACAAGAAAAGAAGCAACUGGCACAGAUGUGUUGAAACCAGUGAGUAAAGUCAGUACCCUGGAGGAAACCUCAACACCUAUUGCUCCCCUGAUGCCCCCAGCUUCUGGGACUGCCUGGGGUGGUCGGUCUGCACCUACCAUAGUCAAGGAUGUGAACCCAGAAGUGCUCAGGAGUGGUGUUGCCUGCCUGCCUGGUACCAGAGAUAAAUCAGGACGUGCAGUGGCCAUAAUAACAACAAGGAACACAGCCUGGUUAAACCCCCACUGCAACACCACUGAGCUUGUACGCCUUCUUCUGUACUUGCAUAGCAUCCCAAGACCAGAAUGUCAGGCUUUGGGUCUAACUGUUCUUGUGGAUGCUCGUCGCUGUUCACCGGUUCCUGCUCUCUUCAAGGCGUUCAGCAUAUUGCAGGACAUGGAUCCUCAUUGUAUUCAUGGAGUACUGCUUCUGGUUGAAAGAGAUCUGACUUUUCGGAUGGACAAGCCACCAGCAGGACAGUUUGAACUUCUCACCUCCAUGAAAUCCCUCCAUAAGCACAUAGACAGCUCACAGCUGCCUCUAGAACUGGAUGGGACCUUCCCUUAUUGCCACCGGGACUGGUUAAGCUUCCGCAUGAAGCUGGAACAUUUGCUACAAGGAUGCCAAGGUGCUUGUGCCUUCCUCCAGGGAGCUAUUCAUAAAGUGGAACCUGGAAAAUUGCCAGAAAGAGCUGAGGAGGCAGCUGUGCUGCUGAGGAAUUACAGGCAGCUGAUGAAGAAUGUUCUUGAAGAUACACGGCUGGUCAGGCUGCAGCUGGAAGGUGGAGCGCUCCUGGCCAGACUGAGGAAGGAGGAGUCUUGUGUCACCCUCACCCACGACUACAGAGACGCACUUGAUGCUGCCAGCGUACUUUAUAAUCGAGUUGAUGAGGGCGUCCACCGACUGGUGAUGCUGUCGAACAAACGCAUCCAGGAACUGGAGCUGGUGAUGGAGUUCGAGAAAGUAGAAGAAUGUUUUAAGGAGGUCAGCAGUUGGAUCGAGAAUGUUGGCAGAAAACAGCUAAAGGAAACAAUCAACCUGGAUGAUUCUUUGGAGAUGCUGCUUCAGCACUGGUUCAGGGAGUUUGAUCUUAUUGCCAGUGAAUAUUGCAGAAGGGGGCAGGAAGCACUAAAGAAGAUGGAUCGAUGGGAAGACUUUUCCUCUGUGGAUGUACAUUCUUACAGGGUAAAGCUGCAGACCUACAAAGAUCAACUGGAAGAUUUCUGCACUCAACUGGAUGAAAACAGGCAUCGAAUCUGUGAGACAGUUAGGCUGUAUGAAUUCUUUGACAAGGCAUACGAGUGGGCCUUGGAAGGGAUGCGACACCUUGCUUGCAUCAGCAUGGAGGACUGCAGCUCUGCUGAACACUGUGCAGGUGUGAUCAAGUGCCUGGAGAGUUACAAGGGGCAGCACCCGGACAUCAGCGAUGCCCGGUUCCAGGAGAUGAAGGAGCUGGCCUGUGAGCUGAAGAGUGACAAGGGACUAAAGCAGUGGAAAUUUGCAUGGUCCAAAUGCCAGGAGACCAAGCUGGUUUUUGAAAAGAAACUCGAAGCAGCCUUGAGAACAAGAAGGUCUCUGCUGUCAGACCGCAAACCAGCUGUGGGGGAGCAGCCCCAGGCUGGCAGCGAAGCUGGCAGUCUGUCCCACCGGAGGCACUCUGAGGGGGAGAAGGCUCCCUCACCCUCCCUGAGCUGCCCUGGUGAUGUCAGUGCUGGGGAAGAAUUUGCCUGCCAAGCUACUCUCAGCCCUGGUCCUCACUCGAGCAGAGUCUCUUUUGCCAGCGGUGCCUCCAAGUCUCCAAAGCUGCCUGAAGAAAAGCCAAACCUGGAGAGCAUAUUAGAAACCCUGGAGGUGAAGCCAUCCUGCACCUCCACUCCAGCCUCUGGGAAGCCACCUCCCAGGAGGAUGCUCCGGAAGGCCCAAAGCUUUGACCUCCCCUGCGGUGAGAGCUUGUGGUCAGGCUGCCAGAGGACGCUGAGCGAGCCGGCCAGAUACGGCAACACUGGCGUCUUUAUUAAGGGGCUGGAGGUGAGCAGCACUGAGCUGGUAGACAGGACUUUCGCGCUGCGGCAGCACGCCACUCACAGCUGGGCUGCAGACUGCCUGCUGGAGGGACAGAGAGGCUGCCUCUCCGUGUCAGAAGCCAAGAGCUGGGGCAGCAAGCUGCGGCACAUCAUUGAUGAGAUGGUAACCACGGAGCGGGAAUAUGUGAGGUCGCUUUGCUACAUCAUCGAUAGCUACUUCCCUGAGAUGGAGCGCCUCGACCUCCCCCAGGACCUGCGUGGGAAGCGCAGUGUCAUUUUUGGGAACCUGGAGAAACUCUACGACUUCCACAGCCAGUACUUCCUGCGAGAGCUUGAGAGCUGCUGCAACCACCCACUGCGGGUCAGCCACUGCUUCCUCCGACACAAAGACCAGUUUGGGAUGUAUGCAUUGUAUAGCAAGAACAAGCCAAAGUCGGACUCGCUGCUGGCCAGCCACGGGAAUACCUUCUUUAAGUUCAAGCAGGUGCAGCUUGGGGAUAAGAUGGACCUGGCCUCCUACCUGCUGAAACCCAUCCAGCGGAUGAGCAAAUACGCUCUGCUCCUGAAGGACCUGAUCAAGGAGUGCAGUGAGGCACAAGAGCAGGAGCUGGGCUACCUCCGUGCGGCUGAGGAGAUGGUGAAGUUUCAACUCCGACAUGGAAAUGACCUGCUGGCCAUGGAUGCCAUCCGUGACUGUGACGUGAACCUGAAGGAGCAGGGGCAGCUGGUGCGGCAGGAUGAGUUCACCAUCUGGCUGGGACGUAGGAAGUGCCAGCGACACGUCUUCCUCUUUGAGGACCUGAUCCUGUUCAGCAAGCCCAAGAGGAUCGAGGGUGGCUUUGAUGUGUAUAUCUACAAGCGCUCCUUCAAGACUGCAGACAUCGGUCUGACGGAGAACUCUGGAGACAGCGGCCUGCGCUUUGAGAUCUGGUUCCGAAGGCGAAAGUCCAGUGACACCUACAUCCUCCAGGCCAGCUCAGCUGAGACUAAGCAGGCCUGGACCAGUGACAUUGCCAAGAUCCUGUGGCAGCAGGCAGCCCGCAAUAAAGAAAUCCGUAUGCAGGAGAUGGUCUCCAUGGGCGUGGGCAACAAGCCGUUCCUGGAUAUCAAACCCAGCGAGGCAGCUAUCAAUGACCGUGCUAUCGAUUACAUCAUGAAAGGCAGAGGCGCCAGGACCAGAGCAUCAAUUGCGGUGUCUCUGUUUGACCAUUCCAACCCGUACAAGAGGACACAGGCGCAGCUCUCCGCUGGCAGCACUCCCACUGCAUACAGCCCUUCCUCCUCCUCCCUGCUGGGGCCCCUCAACCUCCACAUGUACAUGGACCAGGCUCUGCUGCCAGGCGUCCUGGCCCCCAGCCGCCCCUUUGACAUCGGCACCUGCAUCGAGGAAGAUGAGCUGGAGCAUGAGACGAGCAGCCAGCCAUCACUGACAACAGAGAGCUCAGAGUCAUCGCACUGCAUGUCAGGCAGCGGCUCCAGCGGCUCCGACAGCGGCUGCGUCUCCAGCGUCCCACAAGAAAGCUUCUGUGAAGACGUGGGCUCACCCCCCUACAUGCCCCUAGGCUCGCAACAUAGCUCUGCAAUGGAGGAGAAACCCAGGUUCACAAACAGCCAGUACAUUUCUGCAGACUGA